CCAUCCGUGUCCCAACAACCCUUGACAUCUCAGUUGUCAUAUUUAGAACUGCACAAGAGAGAGAGUGACAUUUAAAAAGUCUGAAAAUGGCGUUCCUUAUGAUGUACCCCGCUGUAGCAGUCCUUUCGUUAUUUGUUCUGAUGGUGAUCAUCUUGAUACUGCGCUUCGGGGCGCGCUGGUGCAAGCUCCGCCACACCACCUUCUCUGAUCAAGAGUACUGGAACGAUGAUGAGGCGUAUGAACAGAAAGUGUCAUACGCUUGAUCAGUCAUGUUUAUUGUGCUCUUUAUCAUAAUCAAAAUUGAUAAACAAAACUUGACACCUUAAAAAUAUUUCUGUAAUAGAUACUUAAAUGUC